UGUGGGCGAGCUGGCCUAAGCCUGAAGUGCCUUGUGGUCACCUUUGACCGGCCUUGGUGCUGACCUGACGUCCCUGGUUGCCUUUGGCAGACCUUGGCGCUGCCCUGAUGACCCUGAUGUGCGUAGCACAGCCACUGCACAGCGAGGCACGCUUUCUCAUCUGCGCUCCAGAAGUAUUCAAAAUUAAUUAAAAUGUCUUCUGCUAAACCUCCAAAUGAAAAUGAAACCCCCAGAGAGAGAACUGCAGGAUUGAGGGGUGUUCGAACAACCACACUCUUCCGAGCUGUGAACCCAGAGCUUUUCAUUAAACCUAACAAACCUGUGAUGGCAUUUGGACUUGUAGGAAUUACCCUCUGUGUGGCCUACCUUGGUUAUUUGCAUGCAACGAUAGAGAACAAAAAGGACCUCUAUGAAGCAAUUGAUAGUGAAGGGUCCAGAUAUAUGCGGAGGAAAACUUCCAAGUGGGACUGAAGAAGGAAGGAAGGAAAUCUGCAAAUCAAUCACAGAGUUUUGCAAGGCAACUACUAUUUUUUUUCUCUGUCCAUUGAAUUAAUGGAAAAAUGUCUCUCUUGCCAUUUAAUCCAGUUAAAGUUCCAUUAUAAAUUUCAUGCCUAUAAAAAUAAAUUGUAAUUAAGAUAUAUACAAA